AUGCAGUGGCGAAAACUAACCAGGUUGAAAUCUUCGCCGGGCGGACAGUCGCGCGCUCGGAGGAUGCUCUGCUGCGGCCGCAGGAAGGAGAAUGGCCGCGCGGCGCCGGACCUGACGGCUUCGCCGGGCCGCGCGCCGCCCGGCCCGCCGCAGCCCUCGCGCGCCAAUCAUGCGCCGCCCUGCGUACUGCAGCCGGACUUCAGGAAGGUAUCCGGUGUCAGCAAUGAAAUCUUUAGGCAAAUUGAAAUGGUGGAAAAUGAUCACGACGCAACUACGGCCGCGGCUCUCGAGGCAGUAGAGCGACGUGGUGAGAUGAUAGUACGGAUUCUUGAAUUGAGACAAGUUGGCAGAAACAAUAUAGAAGCCGCUAAGAAGUUCUUUGCUUUACAAGACGCACGCCACAUAGUUCAACUAGUGGAGAUCGUAAAACGCCCUGGUCAAACCUUGGGCCUUUAUAUAAGAGAAGGAGAUGGUGGUGCAAGGACAGAUGGAGUGUUUAUAUCUAGAAUUGCUCUAGAAUCGGCAGUAUAUAACAGUGGAUGCCUGAAGGUUGGGGAUGAAAUCCUGGCCGUCAACCUGGUCGAUGUCAGGCGUAUGUCCCUGGACGACGUAGUAAUUAUUAUGUCGAUACCGCGACGACUGUUGCUAUGUACCAGACAACGAAAAGGUAAAUCGGGGCCUGGAUCACCAUCGUUACCGCGCCCUGAGCACAAACCGCCCCCAGUUGUUGUGCUGAAGCGUGAUUGUCGGGACGACGAUGAUCGAGAUCGAGACAGAGUCGACGGACUUUAUUCACAACAUGGUACUCUUCGUUCAACGGGAGGUCCUGGGAGUGCAGUAAGACCCGUAGGCGAUGGGCGGGAGGAACGAAGUCGUAUGCAACUAGGAGCGCUCUCGCCAGAUUCAACACCGUUAGAUCUAUACUACAAUUCACGACCACCGUCAGACCAUUCAACAUGGAGCUAUCGACCACCUCCACCAGUGAUAACGGAACAACCGAAAUCAUCUGCAACACAUUUCGUUCCAUACGAAAGAUCUUAUCCCAACACCUUAGAAAGUCUGGCGGAAAAAGUGCAUUCUUUCUAUCCUGAAACUGGAAGCACGCGUUUUGGAGGCAGGGUUCCACGAUCGGGUUCUGAACAACAGCUACCAAGAGCAGAAACACAUUCUGAUUUCGGCCGACAUUCACUACUUCGAUCUAGUUUGAAAGCUUCUACUGCGGGACCAGGAGCAUCUAGUUUAAGUAGAUACGGACAACGCUAUGGUGGCGUUGGAAUGCCUGGUUCUGGUCUUCCCUCUAGCCUAACAGGCACUGGCCUUGCGAGUGCUGGCUUAGGAGGACCUGGUCUACCUUCGGGAUUAUCGUCCACUGGCCUAAGUGGUUUGACAGGUUCAAGUCUAGUAGGCUCGGGCUUAACAAGUUCAGGAUUGGGAACUGGAUUAACAGGAACUGGAUUGAGUUCGACACUUGGAACCGGAUAUGGAACUACGGGUUUGGGAUUACCAUCUUAUGGCAGCAAGUUUGGCACUAGUAGAAGAAACCGCAGCUUAGAUUACUCGUCAGAUACAGAAGCUACAGCUCCUACAAGAACUCCAUACUACUCAGGGUUAAGUGGUUACAGAAGUAGCACUUUAGGAAGAGACAUUGGAUCGAAGUUUAAUUCGUUACCGAGAGAUGUAAGAGGAACCGGACAACGAUUGGGUCUAUCAAGACGAGCUGGAAGUGUUCUUCAAGACGAACCUGAACCAUUAUCUUCGAGACUAGACUUGCGUUCUUCCAGAGGUCGAUUGCCUUCUUCUCCCUCAGUGUUCACUUCUGAUGAAUAUCGUGCGUGGUUAUCUCGAGCCCCGUCUACUAGCGCUCUAUAUGAAACCCUUCGUCCAAGGCUGCCUACGCACUAUUCUGCUGAAAACAUACACGAUGCUCUUAAAAAUAUGGAAAGUGGUAGUCGUUUCGGUUCGUCACUCGGUUUAGCUACCCGUCGUAUUGAAAGACCACGCCAUUUACCAGCUCGUUCGCUUUCGUCUCAGCAACUAGGGCCAACCGUUGGAGGAUCCCCCUCAGCUCGACGCGUGAGACAACUACUUGAACUGGGUUCAAAAUUCAACUGCCCCAAUCCCAGUCCUGUACCAACGCCUGGCUCAAGACAUCAACGUCAUCUAGAUAUCAAUCCCAAUGAGUUCCUAAAAUACAAAGUAGACAAACCAGGUACAGGUGGUCUUUCAACCUCGAUGACGGGAUUGUCACGUAUAGCUGGAGGAGUCUCUGGAAUGCUGUGGGUUCAUCUCCUUGCUGGUCGGGGAUUACGUCCAGCACCAUCUGGAUCUUCUCCAGGGUCACCACCAUCUGGUCCUCUUGCUCCUCCACAACCUCCAGUAGCACCUCGUGAUUUGUAUUGCGUAUUAGAGUGCGACCGUGUUCAUAAAGCUCGUACAGUGGUACGUACUGGUGAACUCCAAUUUGAUUGGGAUGAAUCGUUCGAAUUAGAACUCGUUGAUAAUCGCCAGCUCGAUGUAUUAGUAUACUCCUGGGAUCCACAACAUAGACACAAACUUUGUUUUCGUGGCGCCGUUACACUGCCAGAUCUACUGGCUCGUUCUCCAUCUCACCAGCUUGCGAUAAAAAUGGAACCACGAGGUACACUAUAUAUGCGAGUCCGUCAUACGGAGCCACACGAACUGUUUCGACGACGGCCGGCUGCACCACGUCUAGCGCCGCCACCGCUAUUCGGUGCUGAGUUAGAGACGGUAGUAGCGCGAGAGCUUCGACCACCGCAUGCGCCGCCUGUGCCGUUAGUCGUGCGAAGAUGUGUAGAGGAAAUAGAAAGACGUGGCUUGGACAUUAUAGGUCUUUAUCGAUUGUGUGGUUCUGCAAAUAAAAAACGUAUACUAAGAGAAGCAUUUGAGCGAAAUGCUAGAGGUGUGGAACUUACACCGGACUCGGUUCCCGAUAUCAACGUUAUCACUGGCGUAUUAAAAGAUUAUUUGACGGAGUUGCCGCAGCCAUUGUUUAGCCGUUGCUUAUACCAAAUGACCUUGGAUGCUCUAGGGGUAUGCCUUCCAGAUGACAAAGAAGGUAAUGCUCGGUUGAUGGCGUCAAUAGUUGAAUGCCUUCCUCGUGCUGCUCGUGCUACUUUGGUCUUCCUUCUUGACCAUUUGGCAUUAGUUGUUGCUGCCCAAGAUCGAAAUAAAAUGUCGCCACAGCACUUAGCCGUGGCGAUGGCUCCACCUUUGAUGCUACAAUCACAGCCUCCAGCAGAGUUGGACUACCAACGUCCUAUACACGUUCUCCAAUGUCUCCUGCAGAUCUGGCCAGCUCCGAAACGUUCAGUUCGGCGCGGCGAGCCAGCAACCGGGCCGCGUGGAAACAGAGUCAGUGCGUCGCCAGUGGCCUCAGCCACCCUCCCAGGCCGAGUUCCGCCCUCAGUCAGUCCAUAUCGGCAUCAAGCGGGAGCAUCAGCAGCAUCUCCGCCGCCAGCUCUCUCGGCUCGGCACGGAGCAGACCGCUCGCCGCCCGCACAUGUUCUCUCAUCAGCCAGGGUCGGCCAAUAUCGUCCGCAGUCGCCACUGCGAGGCCCUCUACCCGCUCCGCCUCGCUCCCGUCAGGUGACGGUAUCAUCUCCCGGUUCGCCCAGUAGCAGUUCCGGGAGCCACAGCCCGGCUGAUACUAUUAAGCACGGCGGAUCGGUAUCAUCGAUACUGCGGCAGCCGGAGCGAGCGAGCUCACCUCGCGCGUCGCCACGACACUCUCCUCGAGCCUCCCCGCGUGAAUCUCCACGCAGCACUCCCCGGGAGCCGACUCCGAGAGCGACGACGCCGAGGGAGUUCAAUUCGAGGGAGAUGCGUGAGGGGACAUCGCGAGAGGGAACGCCUCGCGAGGGUCCGUCCCGCGAGGGUACGCCGCGAGAGGGCGGUUCGCGCGAGUCGCCACGCUCCGCGAUCCCGGGCACGUCGGCGGGGCUGGCGGUGACGCUGAACUCGGGCGCGCCGAGCCCGCGCUACAGCUCCACCAACCCGUUCCUGCAGCAGUACGACGCGGAGGAGGAAGCGGAGGCGUGGCGUGCCGCCGACAUUUUCUCCUCGACAUCUACGCACACAUAG